AUGAGAGAUGGCUUUGCUCGCGCAAAGUCUAAACCCGUCCGCCUAGAAGCUUCGAGCGCCAAGAGUCGUGAUAUCUAUGGUCAUUUUGGCUUUGAGACGAGAAUAUCAGCUGGGUCCUUUACCGGUGAUAUAACAUGCCUUAUCACGUAUUUGGGAAAGGUCGGGUGGAUCGUCAUGGGCUGCGGGCCAAAGGUGCUGAAGCGACAGGCUUUUCUGAAUGGGUCACGACGAAGUUGGAGACGUGAAAGAAACAAUGGUGCCAGUAGCUGUUUGAUUGCAGUUGCACACCGUCUCGACCUUUUCCGUCGACCGCCAUCACAGGGUAUUAUAGCUACAUUAUAG